AUGUGUCGUUUGGUCAUCUACAAGGGUACCGAGCCCAUCUUACUCUCGCAUCUUCUUACUCGACCGGCUCAUUCAAUCAUCAAUCAGGCCUUUGACUCACGGCUGCGCUUGGACAGACGCAGGCCCAUCAACGGCGAUGGUUUUGGAGUUGGUUGGUACGAUACGCCUUCGGACGGUGGCUCAGAGCCAUGCAUAUUCACCUCUAUCACUCCGGCUUGGAACAAUGCAAACUUGACGCGUAUCGCCGAGAAGAUUCGUAGUCCGCUCGUAUUUGGUCACGUUAGAGCCACGACGGCCGGCAGUCUGAGUCAAGACAAUUGCCAUCCUUGGCGAUAUGGACGACUCAUGUGGAUGCAUAAUGGGGGAAUCGCCGAAUUUGACCGUCUCAAACGGCCACUUCAAGCUCUUCUUCCAGACGAAAUCUUCGCUGUCCCACAAGGGAACACAGACUCUGAAUGGGCGUUUGCCCUGUUCCUCGCCGAACUCUCCAAACUUCAUCCCAUCAUUCCCAAGUCAUCGUCCAAUCCAGACCACUCUGCACCAAUUCCGCACGACCUUCUACAAAAAGCGAUGUUGGCGACCAUUUCGACGCUCAACAGACUCGCGCGUGAUGCGGGCGUAAGCGAACCCUCGCUCAUGAACUUUUGUGUGGCAGACGGGCAAACUGUCGUAGCGACGCGAUACAUCUCGAGCAAAAAGGACGAGGCGGCGAGCUUGUACUACUCGAGCGGAACAACGUUUUGUGAGGAGUCUGUCCACUGCACCAACAACGAUGCUGCUACUGUAAACGGCAAUGGAAGUGGAAGCGGGCAUUAUCGCAUGUCCAAACUUGACAAACGCGAAAACAUUAUCAUGAUCGCCUCGGAACCGCUCACGUUUGAGAAGGCAGACUGGCUCGAGAUACGAACAAACACAAUGGUGGUCAUCACUCCCAAGAUGAAUUUCUUGCAAAUUCCCAUCAAGGACGAGUUUUACGUCCCACACUCUGUCGCUCACACACGUACCAUCGAGUUUGCUGCGACAAAGGGCCUGCUUAGUCCAAAGACUGGCGCCUUUGUUCCACGCAUCGCGGGAGAAGCUUCUUGA